AUGCACCGACUGAGGGCCUCUCGCCCUCUCGAGACGAUUGACCUGGACGACGACAUCAAAUCGGAUCUGAUCGCGGAUAUCGACCGCUUCAUGCAUGAAUCGAGGUCAAAAUGGUACGGCAAUCGACGCAUGCCGUAUCGAAAAGGCUCCAUAUUCUACGGACUCAUAUUCUACGGGCCGUCCUGGACAGGCAAGACCAGCGAUUGCCAAGCGUUGGCUGCAAGAUUCAACUAUAGCUUGUACGCCAUGAGCUUGAAUGAAGCUGAAAGCGAGUGUCACCUGAAGAAGCUAUUCCAGAGCCCGCAGAAAGGCGAUAUUCUCUUGCUGGAUGACAUCGACUCUGCAGGCAUUAUGAGAGAGAACAUGCGAGGCGAGGAGAAGAUGCCGAACGACAAAGAUGUCGAAGUGCAAUUGAAGAAAGAAAAGGAGGUAAAUCCUAGAAUCAGCUUAGCCGGACUACUCAGCGCGAUCGAUAGUCUCCCUGAUGGGAUCGUCCUCAUCAUGACCAAUAAUAAGCCAGAGUCCCUGGAGCAAGCGCUAAUCCGACCCGGUCGCAUCGAUAAACAGGUACUCUUCGGAAAUGUCAGUCAAGUUGUGGCAAAGAGUAUAUUCGUUCGCAAGCACCAGAACGAUUCAAAUGCUCCUGGCUUCUAA